CAAAGUGUCGAGCAUCGAGGUUGACAUGCAUACAUAGAGAAAGCGCUCGGUCAGCGAAGAUGUUAAAACGCGGAGAGACACAUGUGCAAUUUUAACGGUUCAAUGUCUAAAUUAUCAGUGAAUAAUCGCGCGCGGGAGAUCAAUAUGUAAGUGUGGGCACGAUCGCGCUUAACGCAGCGACCAGCAAAGAAACGCUUGGCUUGCAACAUUCGUCGUGGCACUCGUUGGAUUCGGAGCUCGACGGCGAUUCCGAAGGUAUAACGCAGCAAAGGCAGGUUGCGCUUUGUUUAUGGAGAUCAGCUGUGUUUCCAAACAUCGCGUCGCUCUUCCUGCUUCGCGCGCUCCGCAGGCGAGCGACAUUGCUAUUUUCGUCGGAUAAAGGUCAACCGAAAUGCAGGGAACAAAGCGACGAGCAGAGCACGUAUGACGUCUUAUGAAUUCUCGCCUCGUUCCUCGAUGUGCGUCCAGAGAAUCCGACGAGAUCUCUGAAAUAUGUUUGCAGAGCAAUCAUCAACUGGUAGUUAAAUAAGCUUAAUGACAUGAAAGAAUGAAACGAGAAACUGUCAUUACCUGUAUAGAGCCAAACCGACGAGGCCAAACAAUGACGACGGUAUUGGAUGGUAGCUACCAACGUAUACACCCUUACGAGGGUCAGGAGGAAGAUGCAGACGAUGAAGAUGAACGUGAGGAGACGCCUCAAGAAUCAGGCGUUAUAAUCCAUGUAGUACCAGAGGGGAACAAAGCGCGAUGGAAUCACAUUGAAGAUCUGGACUCGUUCUUCACGCGAAUGUAUCAUUAUCAUCAACAGCAUGGCUUCCUUUGUAUGAUGCUGCAAGAAGUUUUGGAGUUAUUUCAAUUCGCUUUCGUAGUCGGCCUUGUUACCUACCUCUUCCACUGCAUCGAUUACAGUAAAAUAUAUAAUGGUGGAGAUGCUAAUGAUACCAGUCAUCACAAAAGUGACGCCAUAAUAUGCUUAGGAGAUUGCGUAAAGUCAAUCUCUUCAUUUUAUUGGAGUCUUCUUAUAGUUGCAGCUAUUUUCUUUCUUCUCCAAUUUAUCAAAGUUAUAUAUCACUUGAUGCAGUUCUGGGAAAUCAAAAUGUUUUUUAAUACAGCGCUUAAAAUUGCCGAUAGUGAAUUGGACAAUUUUACUUGGCAUGAGAUUCAAAAGGGAGUUAUAGAAGUGCAAAAGGAGCAAGAAAUGUGUAUUCACAAAAGAGAACUUACAGAGUUAGAUAUAUAUCACAGAAUAUUAAGACACAAAAAUUAUAUGGUAGCUAUGAUCAACAAGUCUCUUUUACCAGUACGGCUAAAAUUUCCCAUUAUAGGAGAAGUUAUCUUCUUGACACGGGGACUGAAAUAUAAUAUAGAAUUAUUAUUGUUUUGGGGACCAUGGUCACCAUUUGAAAAUAAUUGGCACCUAAAAGAAGAUUAUAAAAAGUUGAACAAAAGGCAAGAACUCGCACGAUUAUUAUCCAAACAUAUCUUGUGGGUCGGUAUCGCAAAUUUUAUUUUGUGUUUUCUCAUUCUCCUGUGGCAAGUUCUCUACACAUUCUUCAAUUAUGCUGAGACCAUUAAGCGAGAACCAAGCGUUUUAGCGAUGCGCACGUGGUCCCUGUAUGGUCGGCUAUACUUGCGUCACUUCAACGAACUCGAUCACGAAUUGAACGCCCGUCUUAGUCGUGCGUACCGUCCUGCUUCCAAAUACAUGAGCAGCUUCACGUCUCCGAUAAUGACAGUACUCGCCAAGCACAUCGCAUUCAUCACUGGUAGCAUACUAGCGGUGCUGUUAAUUAUAACAGUGAUUUACGAGCCGAUAUUCUCGAUGGAGCGCGUAGUCGCCUACAUGACUAUGCUAGGCGUCGUAGCUGCAGCCGCAAAAGCAGCAAUACCCGACGAAAAUCUGGUCUGGUGUCCAGAGACUCUUCUAACUGCUGUGCUGGCUCAUACACAUUAUAGACCGGAUAGUUGGCGGGGUACCGCUCAUACGCUGAACACUAGGUCUCAAGUAUCGCAGCUAUUCCAGUACCGCGCGGUACAUCUCCUGGAAGAGUUGAUUUCUCCAUUCGUGACGACGUACAUUUUGUGCUUCCGUAUGCGACAUCGAGCUUUAGAGAUUGUAGAUUUUUUUCGUAACUUCACUAUCGAGGUUGCCGGAGUCGGAGACGUGUGUAGUUUUGCCCAGAUGGACGUGCGCAAACAUGGCAAUCCUAUGUGGCAGACUGUGACGCACAGUCCCACAGUUUCUCCUUUACAAGAAGAAGAGCGUAACAUCGGAUACGGUAAUCGGUAUGGUGUCGAUGUCGAUAAGUACUACAUAUCGAUGUCGAAUCAUUAUACCCAGGCGGAAGACGGCAAGACCGAAUUGUCUCUUAUACAUUUCACCCUAACGAAUCCUGAAUGGAAACCGCCGUCCCACGCGGAGGAUUUUGUGACUGCUUUGAGAGAAAGGGCUAAAAAAGAAGCGACUGCGGAUCCUGAUCCUUAUAACAAUCCGCUGAUAGCCAGUUUAAAUAGUUUAUCCGGUCUUGGUUAUAAGGAACACGUGUCAAAUAUUAUUCGGAGCACGAUGAAUCAAAUGAGUGUACCCAGUAUGAGCAACAUUUUUACAAAUCAACCGAGCACGUCGGCUAUGUCAGUCGGCGUUGAUCAAUCAUUCAACGCAAAGUCUACUAUACGUCGAGGUGUAUCCAGGAAGGAAGGUCCAUUGCACAAUGAGAGAGGAUUCCUGUACGGUCUGCAACAGGGAAUAUCAAAUCAAUCGUUAGGUGCUUCUGUGUUCGGAUCAGGCCACAGUUAUGUCAUUGAAACACAUGCAGAUCCGUCAGUACCAACGGAAUUAACCGCUGCCGACAUGUCUUUGUCUACAUUGUACCUGCAUGAGCUUCAUCAUAGACAAGUAAGAAGAAGAGGCUAUCAGGAAAUGGCAACGAGAAGUAUAUGGCAAGGAAGUCCGGCUCAAGAGCUAGCAGCGCUUCCUGAAGUUAGGCAAGAAAGAGUACCUCUUUUAUUGCAUCAAGAUUCUUCUUUAAGGAAAAACAGAGAAUCUUAACACUAGGCUUGAAAGUUUAUUUAAAUAGCGUCCGAUUCUCGCGCAAUAAUCAUUUUAGUGAAAUAAAGUGAUUUUUACUUGAGUUUUAUUAUGACGAAAAAUUUAACGAUUUUUAUUUUAUAAUAAAUAAGUAGUCGCAACACAUUCGAGAGUGAUAUCGUCUCUCGAAGUGUUAUGUAAAAAAUUACGUCUUCUAAAUAUUCUUAAUAUUAUACAAUGCAGAGAAAAGGACAUAGGCUUCUUUCUCUUUCUUCUCUGCAUAUGGCCAACGAUUUAAUAACGCCUAUUCUUAAUGUCAAGGACCUAUAUAUAAACCUCUAAAAACUUAUAUUUUAUACAUAAAACAUUCAUACUUAAUCGCAAUUAUUUUUUGACUAUUUGGAGACUCUGCUUAAAAAAACAUUUAUUUUAAAAAAUUGGACUAGUAUAGCACAGUCUAUACAAACGAUAGAGAUAUUUUAGAAUAUUUCAAAAAGGAUGUAUAGUUCUUUUACUAGUAGCAAUAUAUGUGUGUGUACAAA